GGAAGAUGAUGAAACUGGGUCUAGUCCUGCAGCUGGCUGCCUACGCCUACGGAUGUGGCAUGCCCACUUACGAGCCCGUUGUCAGCCGCGUGGUGAAUGGAGAGGACGCCAAGCCCUACAGCUGGCCCUGGCAGAUCUCUCUGCAGUACCUUAGCGACUCUAACUACUACCACACCUGCGGAGGCACCCUGAUUGCUAAAAACUGGGUCCUGACUGCUGGACACUGCAUCUCGGAUCAUCGUACCUACCGUGUGGUGCUGGGAGAGUAUGACCUGACCCAGAUGGAUGAGAACGAACAGAUCAAAGAGGUGGAGACGAUCGUCGUGCAUCCCGGCUGGAACGACAACUGUUUGUCCUGCGGAGAUGACGUUGCCCUGAUCAAGCUGGCCUCCCCUGCGACUCUGAAUGAUAAGGUCCACACCUCCUGUCUGCCUCCCAGUGGAGAUAUCUUGACCCACAACUACCACUGUUACAUCAGCGGCUGGGGCAGAAUCUACACUGCCGGUCCCCUUGCCAAAAAGCUGCAGCAGGCCCUGCUGCCCGUGGUGGCCCAUGAGACCUGCAGCCAGAGUGACUGGUGGGGAGGCUCUGUCAAGCCUUCCAUGAUCUGUGGUGGUGGAGACAGAAAGGCUGGCUGCAAUGGUGAUUCUGGAGGUCCUCUGAAUUGUAAGGGUGCUGAUGGUAAAUGGUACGUCCAUGGAAUCGCCAGCUUCGUGUCGUCUCGCGGAUGCAACACCCUGAAGAAACCCACUGUCUUCACCCGCACCUCCUCCUUCAGCGACUGGAUCACCAAUACUAUAGCGGUCUACUGAAGACCUGGACUGGAGUUGGCUGAAGAUCAGGUUGAAUAAAGGAUCAUGUGUCAAUAAACCCAUCUAAUGCAGAUCACGUUUUCA